AGGAUCUUUUAAAAGGGAAAUGACUACAUAAAGCCAUGUUUAACACAGGACAGUGAGUUUACACAGUGAUAUUCAUCUGUUGUUCUGCUAACUGUUAAGCACUUCUGUUCCUGGAAUCACACCCCAGUCACUGGUUCCUGUGAAUAUGAAAUACUGAAUCAAGCUGGGGAGGUCAAAAUAUUUCUUAUAUUGAAGGUCUUGUAAACUUUUAUUAGCUUAGAAGAAGAAAACUUCCAGAGUUCUUGAGAGAUGGCUUUGGAGACAUGUGGAAACUGUUUGAGUUGCCUGCUGGUACCUCUUGCACUUUGGAGUAUUGUUGUGAACAUCCUCCUAUACUUUCCAAACGGGAAAGCUCUGCCUGCUGCCAGUUACCAGUUCCCCAGCCAUGAGUGGUAUUUUGAAGGCAUCUGUUUCUCAGGUGUGAUGAUCCUUCUUUUGGCAGUAAUUCUAAUAACACUGGAGUGUAGUGUGUUCUAUCGGUGCUGCCAGAGUGAGAGCUGUAACAAAACCUACAGGAGUUUUAUUUCUAUUGUGCUAGCCCUUCUUGGAAUUGCUUUCUCGGGAUACAGUUGCAUCAUUUUUACCCUGCAUUUGAUUCAAGGCCCUUUCUGCAAUUCAUCAAGUGGAUGGAAUUAUAUUUUCAAAGACACUGCUGGGGGGUACCUCACAGAUUACCCUGCCUGGUCUAAGUGCACAGAACCUGCUAAUGUUGUGGAGUGGAAUAUUAUUUUACUCUCGAUUUUGAUAGCACUCAGCGGACUGCAGUUGAUCAUCUGUAUUCUCAAAGUAGCCACUGAGUUGAAACGAACACUCUGUGGGACCUAUUCUGUUUUUGUGCAGGAUGCUGUAGAACUGCUUUUGUACUCCCUUGUCAUUGCUUAG